UCAGAGCCCGCUAUCUCCUGCAAUCCGACCAUAACAAAUGUCCACAUUUCGACCCAAACGAAAGAUACUUUUGGUAGACCUAAACGAACCAAUAAAGACCUCCUGUUUGCAGCCUUUGGCCUACUGUACAUGAUGAACUCUGAUGCGAAUGCGGCAUCUGAUCAUUUUGCCUUGGGUGAUCGGAUUACCCUCCAAGGCUCACCCGAGGUGAAAGGCACGGUGCGAUUUAUGGGCCCGGUGGGACAAACGUCGGGUGAGUGGGUGGGGGUCGAGUGGGACAAGCCCGAGCGAGGCAAGCAUGAUGGACUCCAUGAAGGCGUCAGAUACUUCCAAGCGCGCCAACCCAAAUCAGCCACCUUUGUUCGACCCAAGAAGAUCGCUCGAGGCGUGCCCAUCUUGCAGGCUAUUGAUGAACGGUAUGGUGGUGCGAUAGAUGAUCCCAAUAUAGGUAUCAAUCAAGACGAAUUGGAACGUUUGAAGCGCGAGAUGAACGCGCCCUUUCUAGAGCUGGUUGGAUUUGACAAAGUCCAGCAAACCCAACGGGACUUUCGGCGACUCCAAGUAGUCUGGCUAAUGGGCAUGCGAGUUUCCGGUCUUGAGUCCACCGUUGAUUGCCCCAGCGACGAGCCUGCUUUGGCUGGAGCCUGUCCCAAUGUCCGAGAUUUGGAUCUGUCGGAAAAUCUUCUGAAUUCUUGGACAGAAGUAGCCAGGAUCGGGCAAUGCUUACCUCGGCUUAAAAUUUUGAAUGUGAGUGACAAUAGAUUGGCCGAGCCGGAGGCCGAUUUAACCCAAGCAUUUCCCCGUUUGAGGCAAUUACUCAUGGGCCAAAUGGGUUAUGAUUGGGACAAUGUGGAGCGGAUUUGUCGAAAUUUCCCGCAAUUGGAAAUACUCAAUAUUUUUGCGAAUCAGAUCCGGAUUAUUCCUGAACCUAAACCUGGAAGCUUCGACCAAAUCAAAGAGCUGGAUUUGAGUGAAAAUCCACUUCAAGAUUGGGAUCAAGUCUUGAGGUUGGCCAAUCUGACGAACCUGACAAUGCUUAAUCUGAACAGUUGUCAAUUGGACCGGAUAUAUUUCCCGGCAGCAAUGGCGCAGCCGUUUCCUGCUCUGAAGUUCCUUCAACUGUCCCGGAACUUGAUCAACGACUGGGUUUCCGUGGGCAAUUUGGGACGACUGAGCAUCAAAGAUCUCAGAAUGAGAACUAAUCCCAUCUUGGAGAGCGAUAGUGGAGAGAAUUGUCGCCAGAUCUUCAUUGCCACUAUUUCAAGUCUUAAAGUGUUGAACGGCAGCGAGAUCUUUAAGGAAGAGCGAUAUGGAUCUGAGAUCGACCACUUAAAACGUUAUGGAAAAGAAUACUUGAAGGCUGUGGCCGAUGGUCCGGAGGCCACAAACUCUUUCUUUGAUGGCCAUCCAAGAUUUAAGGAACUGGUCAAGCGAUUUGGACCUCCGGAAGAGUUUGAGUUGAAGCAGGUCAACACAGACAUCAAAAGCAAUCUCUUGGAAAUAUUGAUCGAAUGUCCCAAGAAGGAAGAAUUUAAACCCGUGACCAAGAAGGUGCCUAAGACAAUGACCGUCCAGAAACUACGAAUGUUGAUUUAUCGUUUAGUUAAAGCCAAAGGUCAGGACCUUGUUCUGUCUUGCAGCAAUCCGGAUUCACCUGACUUGGAAGUGCCUCUUGAUAAUGACCUCCGCGAGCUCUCGUUUUACAGUAUUUCUAAUGGGGAUACAAUCCUUGUCAAAUGGUGACAAUUUUAAUUCCAUUGUGAUAAAACUUAAUCUAUUCCUUCUCUUACUUUAUGCUCUCAGAAAUAUACACCCAAUGAUUUAUGUUUUUCGUCAAGUAACGAAGCUUAAUCAAUGACGCACUUGUAACAUUCAG